GCGAGGGCGCGCAUCUCUGUCGUCCGCUUGUGAAGCGACUGCAGGGAAGCCAGAUGCCCGACUGUGAGCCGCUGCCUGUGGAUACCUAUCCUAGAUGCCAGAGCAGGCGAGAGCCACAGACACAUUUCACCCUCUGACAGGGAAGAGGAGAAAAUAGGGACAGUAAACGGAGUAAGACUUAAAAUAUAUGUUUCCUUUUCCCCUCCCUCUGUUUCAACCUCUGCUUCAGAUGAAGAGCUUCACUGGACUUGGAGUACCGGGCAUCAGUAGAAAAAAAACCCGUUAUUCAACUCAGCCCCUGCUGCUGCGGCGCGGCUGCCUGUGAGCGGGUCCUCUCAUUGCAUUGGAAUAUACAAGCUUGCCUAUAUGCGCAAAAACCAUGGAGAUUAUAUGACGUGGAUUUAUUUUUUUAACAAAAUUGGACAUCUCCAAAAGCGACGAUACCUCUUUUCAUUGUUUUUGCCAUUGCCUUUUUUGCGUCCUUUUGUUCCGUUCUUCUCCGUACUUUAUGAUUUUUUUUCCUUAGCAAUCCUUCCUUAAUUUCAUUUAUUUAUUUAUUUACACUUCUUUUUUUGGUCCGUUUCGGAGGCGCAGAAGUGGCAUGCCUGACAGAGAACAUUUGUGGGGAGAAGAAUCCGCGCAGCAGCGAGUGUGAAUGAAUGAUAGUCUCCCUCUCCAUCUGAGACGUGCCAUGGAUGGGAAACUUAAUUUGUAUCCACGGAACCGAUCGGGGAAUAGCCGUCGCAUCAAAUAACUACUGCUGACAGCGAUCAGGACGAAUGUCAUAGGAUGAACACUGCUGGUGGGGUGUGUCUGUCUGUGCUGUCCUCUCUCCUGGCUGUGGCUGGGGCCCUGGCUGCCUUGUCUGCCCUAGCUCUAGCUCCUCUCUCUGCCCUGGCUGAGGCUGCCCGUGGGGCUGGCAUCCCCAGCACCGGGGCAGAGGGGUCCCCCUCGCCCGUCUCCUCACCAUGCUCCAGCCUUGUAGCUGGCGUGCUCUAUGGCUCUUUCUCCCUAAGGGAGCUAUUUCCCUCCCGGACGCCAGGGUGUUCCUGGUCCCUGGAAAACCCUGAUCCCACCAAGUACUCCCUCUACCUCCGGUUCACCCGCCACCCUAUCAUCUGCCGUACACACUCUCCCAUGCUCCUCUCCCUUGACCACCACCUGGCCAAUCAAAGCUGUCCCCUUCACUUACAGACAGCUGCUGCCAGGGAUCAGGAAGUCAUUGAUCUUUGUGGCAGCCAAUCCAACUCAGAGGGACCGUACUCCUUCCUACAGUUUGAUAAGAACUUUGUCCAACUAUGUCUAGCGAGACACCCAGCUGCGGAUGAGCCUCAGGUUUCUAAGGAAUUGCUGGAGCUGAGACUGGUAGAGGUGUUACUCAUUAACAACGAGAACUCCAGUCAGUUUACCUGCGGCGUGCUCUGCCGAUGGUUUGAGGAGUGUUUACGCACAGGGCACAGUGGAGACCAGGAGGUUUCUGACGGAGAUGGUUGUGGGAUGACCCAGACGGGAUGUAUCUGUCCAAACCACAACAUCAUGGCACCACCUAUUCCGUUGCUCCCAGAGACGCCCCACAGUUUCAGCAAUGGUUCGCUCGUUCCCGAUGACUGCUGCGUCACUGAGCUGCAUUCCAAUGAAGCAAUCGCCAUAGCACCCAGAGAUGUUCGACAAGGUAGGAUUAUGUUAAACAUUAGCACACUUCUCUGCACUCGGCAUAUUAUUCAUGCCCUGUAACACAACAUCCUAUAACACAAAUGACAAGGCACACACUAUGUUUUAGUGGGAACCCAUACAUUGUAAAAACCACGUAUUCAGUUAAGGUAUAUAACAAUUGUUUAUAUUGCAGAAGCAAAUAAGACAAAACAAGUU